AUGGUAGUUGUCCAUUCCGUCGUAGCCGCGGUGCUGGAUAUGGUCAAAAGGGAGCGAAUUAACCUAACUGGAUGGUCAUCAAUUCCCAAGACUCCAAGGACUGUAGUGGGACCUUGGGAAGUUUACUUGAGCCUAUCCGCUGGCGUUUUGGGCCUCAGCAAUGCAUCUCCACAACACCGUCACGGUGGCUGUCGCGACAUGCUGCCUCAUUUCGCUGCCCGCGAAUUGCAUCCAAGAAGCUAUAAGCGGUUUGCCACGGAAACGGAAUGGAAAUCUGGGAGUGGAAGUGGAGUUGUGAAUAUCGAUCACUUAAGCUCGAGCCUUGAAGAGGGGGUUUCCGUUAUGAGACCUAGGAGACAUUCAACAACCUCGAACAGAGCUAGAUUCCAGGCUUGA